UCGGCGAAGCGGGUGUAGCGACGAAUUGGCGAACGAAACGAGGUGAGCAGGGACGGGGUGAAUUGAAAAUCGUCUGUGAUUGCGACAGAAUUGCUUCUGAAACUUUAAUGAAGCUGUGAAGGUGAGUGUGCGGGACCAUUGCAAUCGCAAAUGCAGAGGGCGGGGAGAGAGAAUGAAGGAGGAGGAGGAGAUGGUGGGAGUGGGAGUGGGAGUGGCGGGGGAGGGGGAGGGGGAGGGACGUGGACAAUCAGGACCAUGUUCCCACCGAAUGAUCCGAGAGAAGCUGGAGGCGCUGGUGCGCAGGCAGAGCGUCCGAUGAUGAUGCCGACGAUGAAUAGGGAGCGACCGUAUCCGCUGGGAAUGUCGAGAGUGGAAUCGGAUCGGAGGAGACAACGCUCCUUGUCGAAAGCGGCAGAUUUCUCGACGACGCACGUCCAGGACGAUGAUUUGACGAAGGAGAGGGAGGAGGAUCGUGAUCCGAGAAGGCAAUCGUGGUUGACGAGGAACGAGUCGGGUCCGAAGGAGAGGAAAGACAACCAGGUCGAAGAAGAGCGUGCGUCGUCGGCGGACGAGCAUCGUCCAAAUGAUGCAUUCAUGAUCCGAAUCUCCGAACCAGUGCGCGCGCCUCCGUUUUCUUCCGCCGAAGGAAUGGGCCUGAUCGUUCUUCCGUCCGAGCCCGAUUCAUCGAGGCCUCGCUCGCUCGAACAACAACAACUCAAUCGACCCUCGCAAGAAGUCCCCUCAGCGACGACGAUGACUUCCACUCCGCCGGACUCGCCCCUCGUGCUCUUCGAUUCCUCCACGGGCCCGACAUCUGAUAUCUUGCUCUCGAGGGAUCCAUUCCCGGCCGAUGACUUCUCGGCCGCGAGUUCCUCCGACACCUUCACGCAGUCCUCCCCCGAAGCCCUCAGUCCGCAGUGGAGCGUGAAGGAUGGGCGGGCCGCGGACGCCGACGACGACGACGACUCGAGUUCCUCGGCCAGCGACGCCAGCGCUGCGUCCACGCUCCGCGCACGUUAUCGGCGCCGCAGCUCGCUUGCAGUCGGACCCCAGGACGAAUCCGAUUUACUCAGAGAGUGGCGUAGAAAGAAGAGGGAAGAGCUGGAAGAUAAGCCAAGAAAGUCAGAAGAAAGACGUCGUCAGACCUUGGAAAUUGCUAAGAAGGAGAUGAACGCAUUCUACGCGACACGCUCAGCAGAGCUACAAGCAAGAAAGAAAAUCAACCGAGAGAAGGAAAUAGAAGAUAAAGCAGAACAUAAUAUUGGCAAAGAUUCGAAGAUGCCUCUAAAUCUCUGGGAGGUGGUCGUAUCCUUGCUCCCUCCUGCUCCCACUGCUGAAAGGCUCAAGAGCAGCGGUAAUCGUACCCCCUCCACAACUGCUGCUACACCACAGAAUAUAUUGACCCCCUCAACUUUCUUCUCCCAGCAUUUAUCGGCCAUACCACCAGCAACCCCACCUAAACAGGGAUAUGUCAAUGCCAAGCAUGGCAAGGAUGUUAACAAGAAGGAUUCCAGUUCCACCAACGCGGGUGAGGAGGUCGAGGUUGUACCGCCAGUGAAAACAACAGACAUCAGUCGAAUGAGACAGAUACUUAUGAAGCUUAAGAGUAAACCUCCGAACAUAUUCAAUAAGGCGUCGGACUUUUUAUGAAGCUACCAAGAGGGCUCCAACAAAGUUCUCAAGACUGUGUUCUGUUGACAAUCGACAGAACUUCUAUUUAUUUGAAAGCGACUGAACCUUAAUGGACGAAUUAUCACAGCCACAAUCGAGAAGAAGCGAGCGAAAGAAAGAGCUAAACCAGAGCAAUGUUUAAUAGUCAUAAAUUUGAAUAUUCAAAGGCCGAAACUGAGAGGCAAAGCUCUAUCAACUCUCCGUCUUUCUGCUCUUGUUCUCCAUAUGAGCUUAUACAACCUGAUAUAAUCGAUGAGGUAACUUUGAAGUCCAUGCAUGUCUUCAGAAAUAUAUUACAGCAAAGGAAAUGUCGUCCGCGCUGAAUUUCUACUCACAUUGAAUCUUGCAGUGGGCCUUGCGUCAGAUAUAUGAAAAUCUUAGAUCUUGUACUAGAUUCAGGCCACCAAAAGACGAGGAAAAGCAAUUGCUUGACAGAAACACGAGUUAGAACUUGUAAAUUGAAGUCGGAUUCAAUAUACCAAACAUUCGGAAACUGAUUGGAACAGCUGACAGAGAUGAAGUAAUGAUAUUCUAGUGCCGUUCGGACCCUACCUCAUUCACAAGCACACUCUAACUGAUUUUCUAAUGCUCAGCACUGGA